GUUACUCUCUAAUACUAAAGUAUUUAGAUAUUUCUAGAAAGUUUUUUUGAAAAUAAUUUCUAAAAUAAAGUUAUACAUUGGGAAGAAAACAUUUAUUAUAAUAUAUUAUACAAUAUAUAUAUAAUUAAUCCCCUGUUUGACUGUUGAGGUAAAAGGUCACAAAUAAGUUACUCAUUGAAGUUGACAGCGCUGCCGCCCCCUAGUGGACAGUCUCUAUAACUACAACUCCAUUCUGCUGUAGUAGCACGACGUGUGUUUUCCAUGUUUCAUAAAUGGCCUUUAAAGUGUUUACCAGACUCUCCGCGGUGACCCUCCGGCUGAAGUCUCCUCCUCCCGCCGCCUGCAGCGCGCUGAGCUCCGGCUGCGGACUCACGGUGGAACACGACCGACGGAACCGGCGCUUCACCGUCGCUCCUCCGGGCAGCGGGGCCGAGCCUGCUGUGCUGCUCUACAGGUUCACCGGGGAGAAGGAGGUGGAUCUGAUGUCCACCUUUGUGCCAGAGACCUUCCGGGGUCAAGGUGUCGCUGCUCUUCUGUCUCAGGCUGCCAUGGACUUCCUGUUUGAGGAGAACCUGAAGACUCACGUCUCCUGUUGGUACAUCAAGAAAUACAUCGAGGACAACCCGCUGCGAAGUUAUGACGAACGUGUCAUCGCUUGACGGAAGGAUGCUACCUCAAAUCAACAUCAACAACAACAACAACCUCCUGUAUCGUUCGUGCUGAAGCCAAAUGGAUCUGUGCAUUACAUCGUGUUUAUACUCUAGACACGUCUGAUUAAAAUAAUUAAAAUCGAUUUUUAAGAGACAUUUAAUUCAAAGUAAAUUUACUUUAAAUCUCCUCAAAGUAAUUCUGGGUUUGAAGAUGUUUGUCAACCUGAAAUAAAUAUUUUGUUUUUCUUUUUUUAAAUCAUGUCAGAUUGCAACUCUUUUAAUUUUCUGUCUGUAAUCAGGAUGUUUAUAUUGUUAUCAUGAAAUAUUAAUAUUUAAUAAUUAUUCACAUGAUUAUCAAGGCAUGACGUUUGGUUAUCGAUAAUUAAAAUAAAAAGAAUGUCU